AUGAGCAUCUUAGCUCUCUCACCCGUGGCCCUCGAGCCCCCGUCCCCCAUGAUCACCUCCGUCACACCUGUCACCCCGACCCUGGACCCCCGCAGCUCCUCCUGCCCCACCGCCCGUCUCAGCCAGGCUCUGGAGAACCAGUCCCAGGACGGGGCCUCCUCGCUGGGCCCCGGCCCGAGCCAUGGACCUCAUCUGGGUGGAGACCCCUCCAAGAGGUCAAAGAAACCUCCGCCCCUCCACACCGGAGCCGACUGGAAGGUGGUGCUCCACCUGCCGGAGAUCGAGACGUGGCUGAGAGGGACCAGCGACCGGGUGACGCAGCUGACUCACUCCGCGGGACAGGACGGGGACAACAGACACGUGGACGUCCACCUGGUGCAGCUCAAGGACAUCUGUGAGGACAUCUCAGACCAUGUAGAGCAGAUUCACGCUCUGCUGGAGACGGAGUUCUCCCUGAAGCUUCUGUCUUACUCCGUCAACAUCAUCGUGGACAUCAGGACGGUGCAGCUGCUGUGGCACCAGCUCAGAGUGUCCGUCCUCGUCCUGAAGGAACGUCUCCUCCAGGGUCUGCAGGACUCCAACGGGAACUACACCCGUCAGACGGACAUCCUGCAGGCCUUCAGCCAGGACCAGCAACAGACUCGUCUGGAUGCGCUGACCGAGGUGGACGACUGUGGUCAGCUGACAAUUCGCUGCAGCCAGGACUACUUCUCUUUGGACUGUGGUAUCACCGCCUUUGAGCUGAGCGACUACAGCCCGGGUGACGAGUCCGAGGCGCAGGGAGCAGAACCAGACGACCAGGACCCCCCCCAGGACCAGGAGCUCCAUCGGGACCAGAGCCCUCUCCCAGACCUGGGGUCAGUGGAGAGCGAAGGACCCUGCCCCUCAAACCCAGAGCUCUGCAACAGUUUACCUGAACUCACCACGCCUGGUGACUUCAUAAACCACAACCAUUCUCCGUCAUUACUACCCAUAAUUCAGUGUGGCACGCCCGGCCACAGUGAAGUUGCCAAGCGCCCCCUGCAGGGCGUGAGCCACAGCACUGAGGUGUCACCCACUCAGCCAUCACUCCCCAAGAGAGCAGCCCUGUACUCAGACAGAAGAACCAGGAGCGAGAACACAGGGGGAGGUUCGGGGAAGGUCAGCCCGCUCUCUGGCCUCCAGUUCCAGGCCGAGCUGAGCCGAAGCACCCCCUCUCUCAUGGAUCCUCCAGACCGCUCCAAGUUCUGGUUGGAACUGGACUCGGUUUAUCCAGAAAAUGUGUCACUGUCCUACGAGAGCCUGCAGGUCAUGAACGGACGAAACCUGCAGAGAAACCACGAGAGCUCCAGACACGGUGGACGUUUCGAGGGGCGCAUGCAGAGACCGCUGCCCGAGCAGAGGAGCUCAUCUGUGGCCGGACCGAACCUCAACGCCCCCCUGCCUCCACUGGAGCCUGUGUCUCAGGAUGAAAUAUCAAACCAAAUGGAGAGGACGCAGAAGGAGACACGUGCACACAGCGAGGGGGACUCUGACUCCUCGUUGCCCUCACCCAUGAGGGAGCAGCUCCUCCUUUCAGACCCGGAGGCGUCGAGAGAGGAGUCGGACCCCCGACCACCUCCCGGCAAGACGGCGGUCUGGAUCGUGAAGCGCCAGGAGCAGAAGGGGGCGCUGGUUUCACCCAGAGCCAGUCCAGACCGGGAGCACUGGUAUGGGUCAGAAGAGUUCCUGGCUCUCCCCGCUCAGCUCCGGAAGACGGAGAUGCUCACCAUGAAACUGGAAAGUCUGGCUCAGUCCAUCCCAAUGCGACCCGGUGACUCGGACCCGGAGGCGCUGCAGGACGUGGACGACUGGGACCUGACGGAGCUCAACACAGACUGGGACACCGGGGACAAUGUGUCCAGCGUGGGCGAGAGCGGGGACGACAAUCCCUCUCCUCUGCCGCCGCUGCUUCCUUACAGACGACACCUGGUCUGCCGCUUUAGCCCCACCUCCUCCAGUGAUAUAGCGCCCUCUGUGGGCGAAAGCAUAGAGUCCGGCCCGUUAAGCGACCUUCAGUCUGAAGAGGACGAGGGGCGGGGCUCUGCGGAGGGGCGGGGCUCUGCGGAGCGCCCCCUGCAGCUGACAGCGUCUUUAAUGGACGGACUUGGAGGUGUGUCCCUGCUGCAAGAGCUGCUGGAGGACAUUCAGACUCAGGACAAAGACCCCGACGUCUGGAGGAAGAUCGAGUGUUUCGUGCAGCAGUUGGACGGGUUCAUCUCGUGGCUGCAGGGGGCGCUGGACAGCACCGAGAACUGGACGCAGCCCAGACAGGAGCUGGACAGCCUCGGGGUUUACCUGGACACACACCUGAGUUUCAAGAUGGACGUGGAGAGUCACAGUGUUCUGAAGGAGAGCGUCGUGGAGGAGGGAAGAGCCCUGCUCGCUGUCAUCACCUCCCACCAAUCAGGUCUGAAGGACAUCCUCCUCAUGGUUUCCAGCCAAUGGGAUCAGCUGCAGCGGCAGAUCCGGCGCCAACACGGCUGGAUGCUCCGCGCCCUGCGCUGCAUCCAGGCCCGCCUCCUCCACAGCUGCCAAUCACACGAGCUCCUCACAGCCGCCACCGAGCCGGCCGACGGCCUCAAGACUGAACUGAUCUCCAGUCAGCGCGCCGCCCUGGAGCAGAUGGCCGUCAAGCUGAGCAGCCUGCGCUACCCCUCGUCCACCAGCAGGAGGCACUACAGUCAGAUGGCCAGAAGCAACAGUCUGCAGGAGUUUGAGUCCGAGUACCAGGAGCUCUGGGAUUGGCUGAUGGACAUGGACGCCAUGGUGAUGGACAGUCACCAGCUGAUGAUGUCAGAGGAGCAGAGACAUCACCUGUUCAAGAGCAGCCACGCCGAGCUGAUGAUGAUGGAGAGCAGGAAGACGAGCCUGCUGGGCCGGGCCGAGGCUCUGAAGAGGAGCGGCCUGGAGCUGCCCAGCAACUUCCACUGCAAAGUACACAACCUGACGCACACGUGGAGGCAGAUGGAGAAAAUCUUCUCAGACCAUCCCGGUCCCAGUUCCUCCCAGCAGAACCAGUCGGCCGGUGUUCACGCCCUGCUGGUGGGUGGUCGCGGCGCGGUGGAGAACCCCCGCUCGGCCCUGAGCCCGCUGACCAACUCGCUCCUGGAGCAGCUGGAGGCGCGCAUCAAGGAGCUGAAGGCCUGGCUGCGAGACACCGAGCUCCUCAUCUUCAACUCGUGUCUCAGACAAGACAAGGACGCCUCGGAGCAGCUGCAGAGCUUCAAGUCUCUGUGUGUGGAGGUGCGAGCCCGACGCCGAGGAGUCUCCUCCGUUCUGAAGCUCUGCCAGAAGCUGCUGCAGCAGAGUCAGUCGGGCCCCAUGGCGGAGGUGGGCCCCGAGGCGGAGCAGCACCGGGAGGCCCUGCAGCUGCUGUCAAUCAACCUGGAGAGGAGGUGGGAGGCGAUCGUGAUGCAGGCGCUGCAGUGGCAGAACCGACUGAAGAGAGAGCAGCAGGUUCCUGGGAACUUUCUAGAACCAGGUCUCGUCGACCUCCACCAGAUCAGCCUGGUCCCGGUUGGCCCAGCGGCCCCUGUGCCAGAGGACUCCUGGGAGUGGGAUGAAACCGACAUGACAAUCACAGAAACAGAAACACAAGAAGAACCAGAACCCGACCUGACGCACAACUUCACCACAGAACCAGAUCUGCCUUUGGACAUUGCGCUGUCCAACGGGAAUCAACCCGACAGGAUUCGAACCGGAGUCCCAGCCAAUCAGCGUCCUGAGAAUCUGUGCAACACCGUGACAGGGUCAUCGUCAGAGGUCCAGCCGAGGGGGACGUCCCAAACCGCCCCCCCGAACAACAACAACAUCUACCAGGUCUACAGCCUCCACAGCGUAGAACUCUACAGACAACCGCAGUUUCCUCUCAACUCUUCCUCUCUGCACAAAACCAAAUCAGGAAAACAGAAACAGCAACUCCUGCUGAAGAGCCUGAGUAAAGACUCCUCUUUCUCCUCGAUCGAAUCGCUCCCAGACCUCCUGGGAGGUUCGAUGUCAAACAGCCGAGGAGGAGAUAAGAUCAAUGGAUACCUGGAUGGAGAGAGUGAGAGGGAAGGUGGCAGAGGAAGUGGGCAGUCGGCAAACAGUCGUCGGUCAGAGUGCGAGAGUGGGAUCGUUAGUGAUACAGGAGAAACAGAGACAACGACCAACUCUGAAAUCCAGGAAGAGGAGAAGGAGGAAAAGAAAGUAAAGAAAGUGGAGGAAGAUGAGGAAGAUGAGCAGAGGAAGGAGGAAACUGAUUUGACUGAUCAGUGCAAAGACGUCACCAAAUACAACCAAAGAAACAAGACAGAGGAUAACAAGAAAGAGAAAGGAUGGAGGAGGGAUGAAAACCGAGUUGAAAGUAGAAGAAACAGAGAGGAGGAGAAGAGGAGGAGGCACAGGAGGGGAGGAGGGGAGGCGGUUGAGAUCCUGAUGAACAGGCGUGGGAUCCUGACGCCGACGGACUCUGACUCCGACUUUGAGGCAGGAGGACUCGGUGUGGACUCCUCAAAGCCCUUCGUGUCUCACAGUCCCAUCACAGGGCUGAAAGUCGACCAGCUCAGCAGUUUGGAGUCGUCUCCGGCUCUGAGCCGCCGGGCGUCCAGUCCCCUUCUGUCUCAGGGCUCCUCCCUGGAGUCCCUGCUGGCGCUGGGGGGGGAGCUGUUUCCCUCCAAAGACCCGUUGCAUCGAAGCGCCUCCCUGGAGAGCUGCCUGGCCCCGUGUCGCGGCACCGACGGGGAGAACGGAGGCAGCCUGGCCAGCCUCGGGGAGCUGGACCUGGGGCCGAGCAGGGAGGGGGAGGGGGGACAGCAGGGGGGGGGCAUGAAGACUGAGCAUGUGCAGGGGGAACCAUCCUCUGGGGAGCUGAGUCGUAGAACCCUUGAUCUCCUGAAACGCCUGGAGAACAUCCAGAGUCCUCUGAUGGCAAAAAUGACCCGUAGUGUUUCUGACAUGACGCUCCGGGGCAGCUCCCCGCCGCGGGGUCGAAUCCCUGCCUCUCCUUCCUUUGGUGGUCGACCCACACCCCUCUAUGAGAUGUCGAGCUCUUCACGGAGAGGGCCGCCAUCCCUGAUCAACGAGAGCUCGGCGACAGCAUCUCUGACGGAGCUGAGCAGCACGGAGGACUCAUCGGUCGGGUCUGAGGAUUUCGCUUUGCUCAGAAACCAGCGGCGCCAGUUCCUGGAUCCCAACAUGGCGGUGAAUGCUAACUCGGGCUCUUAUAGGAAACGUGGACCCGGAAACAGUCGAGGAGGACAGUCGAUGGAUGAGGCGGAUGCGGCGAGCUUGAGCAUGGUGGUGAAUGUGUCUUGUGCUUCGGCGUGCACGGAUGAGGACGAGGACGACAGCGACCUCCUGUCCUCCUCCACGCUAACGCUCACUGAGGAGGAGCUUGGCGUGCGGGACGGAGAGGACGAGGAGGAGGAGAGGUUGAGCUGCGUCUCCUCUGGUAACGAGGACGAUGAGGAGGAGAUGGAGGGCUCUUACGUUCUGGGCCUGGAGUACAUGAGGAGCGAGCUGCAGAGCUGGAUACGAGCUCCUCGCACCUCCUCUAAAACUGAGGCAGGUCUCAGGGACGAGCUGCAGUGUGGAACCCACCUGUCCUCCUCCUUCACCACCUCCUCUCACAACAAGGAGCAGCACGGUUUCCUGAACCGCUCAGCUCCCAAACUCAUAGAGACCAGCACCAACAGUGGCAACGAUAAAACAAAGAGAGAGAAGAAGGAGCAGGAGGAAGAGGAGGAGAACAGGAGGAAUGUAACAAGGAGCUACAUCAACCAGUUUGUAGACGACGUGGAGAACGGAAAUGUGGAUCAGAGCUGUUUGAAGGGGAAAGAUGAAGAUGACGAGCUCCUCAGAGAGGAGUCGAGUGUGUUCACACAGAAAGGGGAGUCGCUGAGGGAGGCGUACGUGUUUGCUCCGACGGGGGAGUCGGUUCGGGACGGUGGCGGCUCGAUCCUGAAAGCGGAAUCGAACUCAACGAAGCAGCUUUCUCCAUCUCCCACCCGGGACCUCCUCCCGUUCAGACGGGCCUCCUCCUUGGUGGGACAGCUGCAGGGAGAGCUGCCCUGCCACAGCUCCUCCCUCCCCUCGCCUCUGUCCCUCUCCCCCGUCGAGGACUGCAGGUCCCAUGAUGCAUUGCACAGCAGCAGGCCAGAGGCGGGCGGCAGGAAGGCCAUCACCAUUCAGGAAAAGUUCAAAUUCUCCUCGUUUGUGACGGAGGAGACGAGGAGGGAGGUGAGGGACAAGGAAUCGUCCUUGCCUCCCAAGAAACGCCGCGGCUGUCAAGCGUCCUGCCACGACCAGCGUCCUCUGUCCUCGUCCCUCCGAGCGUCCAGCGUGGACGAGGGCAAGACAGAGAACGUGCACGACUUUGUGAUGGAGAUUAUUGACAUGACCUCUCUGGCGCUGAGGAGCAAAGAGAAUCAGCCUGAAGACCUGAGCCAGGUGGAGGUUGGCGGGUCGAGUCCAGACCAAGGCCCCGCGUCCCUGACACAGAUCAGAGACAAGGUGCUCGAGCACUCCCACCGGCCUCUCCACCUCCGGAAGGGAGACUUCUACUCCUACCUGUCGCUCUCCUCCCACGACAGCGACUGUGGCGAGGUCAGCCAGUGCUCCGAGGACAAGAGCUCCUCCCCGGCGCCGUACAGCCUCCCGUCCUACGCCUCCCCCCCCCCCACACAGGGCCUCCGCAGCCCGAGCCCGGAGCCGUUCACCAGCGCCCGGCGCCGGCAGAGCGGCUCCCCGAGCCUCGACUCCAGGAACGACCUCCGCGCUCUGGAUCUGAGGUCGGCCCACAGAGAAGCUAACGGCUCGGAGCCCACCAGCCCGUCCCAGUCCCUGCCCCCCAGCCCCGACAUCCGGGACGAGGAGACGCUGUUCGCAGCCUGCACCGAGGAGGUGUACCUGGGCCCGCCUCUCUGCUACAGCAUGGUGCUCACCAGGAAACCACGGACGCCGCGGCUGAAGGAGAACUCGCCGAGGAACAGUCUAGAGAACCUGAGCCACUUGUGUCCCUCAGAGGAGUCGGUGUUGGACCAGACCCAGCGCUCCUUCCUUCCUCUCCUGGAGCCUCGUUACACCUCCUUCUCCACCUCCUCGCCCUCAACAACCAUCCCCGCCUCCUCCAGGGGCCCGGCUGCCAGCCAAGAGACGACCCCCCCCCCCUCUCCUCCUGCCGUGUCCUCUGGCGCCGCGCAGGAGAGGCAAGGUGAGGACUGGCACCUCCUCUGUGAUGUCGCUGGGAGAGAAGUGGCGAGUGUCAGUGCGCCGCAGGAGCAGAGGAGUCGUAAUGAGGGGCCUGCUUAUCUUAAUCCCCGGGCACGUGUCGGCCCGAUAGACUCCUCCGCUGCCCAAUGUUUGGAAGAUACUGAAACGCUUGAAUCCAAUAUGGGCCCCGUAAUGACCAAGAUAAGUGUCUGCGGCUCCGCUACAAAUCCCUCCAAAGAGCCGGGCGCCACGCGUAUUAAUCCCAAAAUUAACUGCUCGCCGAUGAGGGAGGCAGAUAGGGGGGGGGAGGAGGGGGGGCGGGGGGGAGGAGACGCUCGGCGGGUGAGGCGGGAGGAGAAGACGACGAGAGGGCGGAGCGGCUCGCAGCAGGAGGCGAGGACGGUGGCGGCAAAGCAGGUCAGCGCUCACUCGACUGUCACUCAAAGCACCAGAGCGGCACAGGGGCGGAGCCAGGCCUCAGUGAGACACCCCCCCUUGAGGGCGGGGCCAGUGAGGCGACUACCUGUGCCGGGAGCUGGAACCUCCGGGAUCCAGCUGUAG